UUUUGUUUACCAUUUCAAGUUGACAGCUGGGUAGGGGUACUGGAACUAUUCAGCCAAUAGUGCAACACCUUGAACACAGAGAAAGGCAGAAGUAUCGUAGUCAUAAUUGUUCAGCGACAGUUAUGAUCACUAAUAAACUGGUGGUGAAACAAAAUGUGAUUGAGAUUAUUGUGCCCAUCUUGAUUGCUGUGAAACAUAAGCCAGAGGAGCAGCGAUCACCACUCAUGAAACAUCUCCUUCUUUACUUGAAGGAGCUCAUGAAGGAUUAUAAAAAUGAGGUGGUGAAACAAAAUGUGAUUGAGAUUAUUGUGCCCAUCUUGAUUGCUGUGAAACAUAAGCCAGAGGAGCAGCGAUCACCACUCAUGAAACAUCUCCUUCUUUACUUGAAGGAGCUCAUGAAGGAUUAUAAAAAUGAGAGUGCUGAUGCAAAGGCCUGGCUCAGAAGGAAUCCCGAGCCACCUGUGGAAUCAAGAAUCAAGAUCAGGGACCAUCAUUACUACCUUCAGAAAGGAUUUAAAUAUAUUCAUGCGCUCUGUUGAUAUGCAUGAAAUAAAAGAGAAACAAGCAACCAUAAAAUCCACACUAGUGAAAAAUAACAGUAACAAUGAGAAAAUAUAUGUACUUUUAGAUCAGGUUCAUCUGCAGGAGGAAAUGGUGGAGGAUAAAUUGUCAUGGGGGCAAGUAGGAAGGAAAAAUUAAAAUAAAGAAGAUAAUAUAAUUCAAAUAACAAUCAUGUAAAACUACUUUACAACAUAGCCUAAAGGAAAGAUGAGGCCUAUAAAUAGAUUAAUAUCUUUAUGGAUUCAUAAAUAAAACAUUAUAUAUGUUUUUGAGAACAAUAAGACUUUAGAACAAAAAUAUUAAGUGAAAUUGUAAGCUAGAAGUUAACAAAUUAGAUGUUGUUAUAUUGAGAUGAGGAGGGCAGGCACGGGGGAAAUACCAUCUUCCCUCCCUAUCAAUAAGGAAAACCCAGGAAAACAAUGUUCCCAGCUUUUGUUAUGCCAAUCAUAAAAAAAAAAAAAAAAUCCUUGUCACAAGAUGUUGUAGAUUAAAGUGGAAGCAUGUAAGAGCUGAUAACUCUAUGUAAUUCUGGAGAAAUUUUGAGUUUAGUAUUUGAAUCCCAGAUUUAUCAAUCAAUCAUGUUAGAUUCUCUCAGUACAUGGGACCAUUUGUGAAAAUGUUUAACAACCAUUUAAGGGUAGAGAAAGGUGUUAAACUUUUAGGGACAAUGCAGAAAAGUUAUUCCAAGUUAUGUGGAAGAACUACUUAGUAAUGUGAUGCAGUACUAUAAAAGACUUACCACAAGAUUUCAACUCAAAUGCUAAUCGACCUUUGUUAUCCGCAGGUAUGUACGUCACACCCAGAGAAUCUUGUAUUUUUUGAAGAUGGGUCAUAUGAAAAUACUCAUUGGUGUCUAUUAUAAAAUAAUUACUUGUUUAUAUGAAAAUAACUAAUUGUGAGUAUUAUAAAAGAAUUAUGUGAGAUGCUAACCAACCCUUGUUGACCACAGAGAAGAAUGUAAAUUCCCUUUGCCAGUUAAUUGUUAUUAUUUCAGGGGGGAAAAUAAAAAAAUUAGGAUGUAAACAGAGUGAUAAUCUAUUAGACAAAACACCAGUAAUACACACACAUUUGGAUGCAACAACUACACAACUAGGAUACUAUUUACCAAAAAUUAAGGUAACCCUCCCUGAGGCACAGUCAAAUUAAUCAUUAUAACUCAUACAUUUAAAUUUUUUUCAUGAACUGAUUAGUGCAUUCUCAUUUUCCCAGUAAAGGGGUCCCACAACCCCAAGGUAACAGAGCUAUUUAGUAGAUAUAUCAUUGUUUAUUCAAAGAAAGAAAAAUUAUAUGAAACUUUUAUUUAUUUAGAUACAUACAUCAAAUAAAAAUUAAUCUGGUUAUCUUGGGAUUUUCCAGUGCCCUACAGACCUCCAGCUAAUUAAUAAAACAUGCUACCAUAGCACAAAGUUAACUGUAUUAGGCAGAAACCCAAGGCUGGUGCCAGCUACUUUUCUUUAAUCUUAACAACAAAAUAGACAAAACAUUAAACAAAAUUACUAUCAAACUUCAACUUUAGAUUAAUAAUACUAAUUAAAACAAAGAAAAUAAAAAUCAAAGAAAACCCGCAUGACAAUAUUGUAUGAAGAAGGAAUUAAUGAAAUCCUUGCCAACCUAGAAAUCAUUAAAAAAAAAACAAAAGCCUAAAAAAAAAAAAAAAAAGAUUUACUUAUAAACUGCUCAAACUAAAUUUAUCCUUUCUCAAUGACAACGACUAGGUCGUU